UAGAGUUGGAAGACUUUCAUGCAUCUCCAGCACAGGAGUUCGUUAAUGCACGUCCCCCAUUAAGGCUUCAUUCGAGAGUCUCCCACUUUGAGAAGCAUCUUGGCGCACCUCUUGAAGGGCAAAGCCGCGUGAUGGCCCUUCAAGAUAAACUUCACAAGAUGGAUACUGGGAAGAUCUAACUUCGCCAACUGUGUCCCCUCCUAGAAUGAAAGCCAUGCAAUCACCUGUCGCGCCAGGAAAAGUAGUACAAGGGCAGAAGGAUAGCAUCACUAUCAAAGCUUCGUCUUCUUCGCCAAAUAAGAAGGAUGACGAAAAGGAAAACUACAACAAUCCCGAAACCCGCAAUAUUAUGGCGAAAAAAGCAUCCAGCAGACCCCACUCCCCUAGAUUCCCGGAGCCACGAGGCAUGGCGCAGCUUGUAGAAGAAACUGUUGCGCGCGAACCUCGAGUCGUUGCAAGGUGUAUGUCACAGGAAGACGAAGAAGAAGCACGUAAGAAAGCUGUAAAAGCAGAAGCUGUAGAAAAAGCUGUAGCGAAAGGCCUCCAGAUAAAAACGAGGAGGACUUCAUCAUGCGAGGAGCAUCCGCGUGCAUCGAAAGUAGGAGGAACGCGCACUCGUACAACGGAAGCUGGACGGGUAGAGGUAGACGAGGUCAGCAAGAGAGGCCAGCAGGAGAACAGGAGCCCCAAUCUUCAAAGAGGAGAUGGGUCGGACAUCACCAACAUCAAGAACCUAAAGGACAGGCCAAAGGCUAGGGCUACAGGAGCAUCGCCGCUAGCUAUUCCUCGUGCAGUUCACGCUAUGUUGAAAUCUAUGUCGCCAGUAUCUUUGAGUCCUCGCGGACUGGGUGGAAGAUUAAGAAGAUCUCCGUCACAUCAACAAGAGCAAGAGCCUCAAGUAGAUCAAACUCAUCAAGAAGACCAAGGCCCUGGCCCUCUUCAAGCAAAUGCUACGCAAUGUCUUCAAGCGCAUCAUAGUACUAGUAUGACUAGGGCUCGCGCUCGUCAUUCUGUGCCUCAAAUGCGGUCGGCCGCUAGGUCAAGUGGAGGCUAUAACGACGUAAAAGAACGAGGCGACUAUGAGGAAAAGACACCCCCAACAAACACGAAUCCCGGAGACGAGCCUCUGCCUGCACCACGAGCAACCCCGGGGGAAGCAAGAGCAACGACGUAUCAUUAUGGCGAAGCCGCCUAUGCCUAAGAUUCCUAUAUCAAGAAAGGUGGGCAGCUUAAAAUUAGAAGACUUACUGGGAUUCGAGAGAGAGUCAAAGUGUCGACACUUAGUCGAUUAUUAUGAAUCCAGCCCUAUUCGUCUAGAAAACAAAAUAGCGCGUCAUGUUCUCCGCGUGUUGCUCUAUUUUAUCCUCGUCAACAUUUACAAGUGCAUACUCCUUCUGCGUCUUCUACUAAUCUCAUCACUCUGCAUCUGGUACAGCCUUGGAGCGCAUCGUCGAGGAACCGCCGUUCUUAGGUGAGCAGCGUUCGAUUCCGCUGGAUGACAACCACCAAAACCACCAACCAUCAUCUUCAUUUUCUGCAGAUCGACCUAGGAGCACACCAGGCGCCACUGCACCCCCUGCAGAUCAGCUUAGCAGCGCACCAGGUGGAGUCGUUGCGUCUUCUUCUUAUUCUACUACCUCUGCUGAAGAAGGACCACAUCUUCUGGCAGAAUUCGACCAACUGCAACAACUAGCAAAAGAAGGUCUUCGGAAAAAAGGUUUGGGCAAUCUUGUGCGGCCGCAAGUUACAAGUAUGAAGGAUAAACUCGUGAACGAUUUGAAGCAGAGUCCCAGUCUAUGAGAUGUUUCAUAAGCUGUCUGUCUGAUGAGGAUUUCGUUGAUGUUGUAGCUGUAAAAAUGUUUGCUGUGUGGUCGUCAUCGAAUUUGAGCUUAAGCUUGAAGAUGAUAACCACGACGGAAAGAGCAAAUUCGAGGUUAAGCGUGAAGAUGAUAACCACGACGGAAAGAGCAAAUCAUGACUAUGCUUCUGCUCUUGCUCGUAGUUGUGCCCAUAGUUGUAAUAUCUUCUGUGAAGACCACUUUUUACUAAUUGUUCUACUGAUGUAACUUUAAUUAGAACUACAUGUGCAAGUUGAUGCUUGGAUGCUUGCUGCUCUAAUUCAAAUUCACCAAGCUCUCUCUCGCCCUCGUCUUGUAGUGACGCUGUCUCAGCCUUGCUACGUCAGAGGAUUACGGCAUCAGAAUUUUAGCCAGGGCACAACUUCCGCAAGCAGAUCUUCCCAGUUUUUACAAGCUUCUGCAGCUACUGCUGGUGGUGGAGAUGCCGGAGAGCAGCCAAUGAGUCCCGCGUCAACUUCCACUCUAGCUCCGCCUGAGGCACAGCUGGACGCGCAGCAUUUUCCAUAUCAAAACCAGUUUCGCGUUGGUAUUACGCCUCGGCAGUUAUCCCCUCCGCCUCUACACCGACAGAUUCUUGCGACCACUGGAACGAGUGCUCUUCUGCUUUCCCCGUUGACUCAAACAAGAUCGGUUGACACUUCUUCUAUUAAUAGUUGUAUGAACAUGAAGACCGGAGGAGCGUACUCACACAACAACUCGACGAAGAAUGGUUGCCCGAUAAGUCAUCAAUUUGGUGAAUGUGACGAAGAGCCAAGACACCUCGUCCAACUACAGCAAGUGGAACCACCCUACUGGUCACACAGCAACGCCGAGCUACAUAAUGCAAAUCAUGAAGUGAGUGAAAGUGUGCGCUUGUUAACGAGUGCGGCAUCCUCUCAGGUCAAAGCAGGUGCAGCCAUUCCCAUAUAUGACGACUCUUGGCGUCGUGCGGGUUACAGUCUCAAACAGGAGAGUCGAGGAGUAAUAGAUGAGCAGCCGCCAGCUCCUCCGAGGCCGAAAACAGGCCCCGGGCGACCCCCAGUUUUGCCCACGGGUAAUGGUUCACCAGAGGGAGCUUCGUUCAAGCCUUCUUCUCGCUCUCAUCGUGACGAGGUAGUGUUUAUUCUAUCUUAAACGUCUUAGAAGUCUUCUCACAUUCUCAUCGAUAAGUUUUAUUGGUAUAAUAUUAAUCAGCUAUGUAUCUAACCUAACCUACUUGUGAUACGUUUAGUACGUUCACCGAUCACGUAGUAAUUCAUCUAAUGGCAAUCCUCCUUCUAGUUCUACUACACUUUAAUUUGUAGUAUUCAUUCUUGAUUCAGAUUCGGAAUCAACGUUCCACCACGCCCACAUCAACAAAUUAAAGGUAUUAAUGCACGCGAACAACAACAAAGAUGCUUCACCUCCGCGUCCACGUCGUCCUUCUAGCGAAUACAACGAGGCUCCUUCGUCACGAGCAGCUAGUUCAGGCUCCUCGCAAAGGCAUCAGCGACCGCGACCAUCACUUUUAUGAGUGAACGAGAGAGCAGCUCCCUGGCCAAAUUGUCCUUUGACUUCGUGUCAUCGCAUGAUUUUUCGCAAGACUAGGUAGACUUCUAUGGUUGACUAGCGCUGGUAGUUGUACUAGUGCCACUAGUGCUACUACUUCUACAUCAGUAUGCUAACUAUAGAGCACUUUUCUAGUCUUUGGAUAAAGUCCUUGCUUCUAAUGCCAACAUCUUCACGAAAUACGGGAGCAUCUGGGCUAUAUGCUGGAGCACGAUCCUCAACCUGCGGCAGAACUUCUUCAACAUCCAUUAAAAGAGGACCCUCCACCUGUCCAUCUCCAACGGUAGUGAAUAAUAGAACUGCUUCUACAGUUAAGGCUAGCCAUCCUCUCUCAGCUUCAUCCCUGGCGCUUUUUCUACUUGAAAAAGAAGUAGCACCCAGGGACUAUGCUCUCAAGGAAGAUGCGACCGCGGUAACUCUAAUACAACUACAAAAAGGGGGCCGUCCUCUACAGGCACCAGGGGUUCUUCUGCGUGUGUAUCUCCAAGAAUGAGCGAAAACCCUUUGAGUGCAGUGCAACGAUUAAAGAGCGAGUUCGCUAAAGCAGAGCAGAUACGGCGCACCUUUGAGCGUAGUCGAGCAGGAGGACUUACGACUGUUAUGGUUGGACUUAUGACGAAAUAGGCUUAGGUUUAUGGACCGAGUACAAGCACGAGACACCUAGAACAGCUCUACCCCUUUGGCCUAUAUAUUGUUAUGGAGGAAUUGACGAAAUUAAGCCUUUAAAACUCGUUUUAAAGGGUGUUCAUGGCAAGGAAGAGCACCCGAAGCUUAGCUCCAGUUGGAGCGUGGUUGUUCCUUUGUAUUACAGUUUUGUUAAGCUCCUAUUGGAGCUUCAUUGAAUGGGCCUUAGAGUGUAAUGACCCGAUACAAAGCUCUAUCUUCCCUUUUUGGGUUGUUUGUUGUUAGGUGUUAAUUUGUUGUUUUUUUCCCACCCACCCACUUCCGGGGGCGAUUCGCUUUGCUUUUAGAAGGCUCGUCAGCAUCACGACUGCGGUCUGAUGUUACCCUUCCGACAGCAGAGCAGAUCGCUGGAGCUAAGCCUCCUUGCCAUGAUACGAGUUGAUUGACUGCCUUCGCAGAAUAUUUGUUGAUUAGCGUUGUUGGAAAGUUGUAUGCGGUGUUUGAAAAUUUUACGUGUGAAAAGCGAAGGUUAUUGGAAAAAGGCGAUGGUUCUUUUUGAGGAGGCGUAUAUAUCCAGCGAUGUGCUCUGCUGGUUCUUUUGAGUCGGAAGAGAGUGUCGAGAUUAAAAAGGAAAUUGAGCAAACUGGAGGAAAAAGAAUGUUUUGCUUUUGAUGGCAGAAUGUGCAUGAGACAUUUUUUUUUUAGAAAAAUAAAGAAUAGUAAGUGGUUGAUGAUUUGGAAAAUAAAUCAGCAUUUAGGUUGUUUCCUAUUGUUGAAGAAUAGAUGAUCAUGGUAAAGCCUACCAAGGCUGAGAGAGCUGCCCUGAAGAGGGCCGUUCGUUCGGCAGAAGAUUAUACUGCCAGGAUUUUGAACGAUGUCGCAGCCGUGAGAAGGAGAGCUCCUGAGUAUGUUAUUGACCCGGCAAAUUUGGAGAUAAUUUGUCGGUGUGAGCCUACUUCUAGCACGAUUGACGAAGGGUUAGCGAUGUUAGACGAACUUGAAGCGGAGUCCUUUGCUCCAGCACCGUUCGAAGGUGACUGGAGGUCCAUCGAUUUCGAAGAUAGCAGGGUCUUGGGCUUUAAGAACGUGAAAUUAUUGCGGAGAUUGAACGGACUUUUUCACACCGAAGAUCCGACGGCGUGGAGCCUCAUUCUUAAAGGGGGCACGUGUGAUGGACACGUUUUUUGCCCGGAAUCGUGGCCAUUUCGCAAGGCGAAAGAGGCAGACGACUCCGUUGCCGGGAUGAUCUUGCGGUGUGAAAAGGCAAAGUUUCUUACUAGGCCUAAGCCAGGGUAUCUAGGUGACCCAGUGCUCGAGAAUAUUUGGCUUACUUCGUUGAAAGAAGUGGAUGACGGGUUGUUAGAAGGCCCUUUUGAGAUAAGCGAACUCGGGGCAGAGGUGACGCACCUUGUCCCGAGAUUUGCAGUAUUUCAGAAGAAUAAAUGGAGGAUGAUUGACGAUGCUCGAGUUUUUAACUCGGGCUGUUCUUUGAAUAGAUUGGUCCCGCUUCCAACGCCUUUGCAGGCGCUUGCUAUGGCCUCUGCUACGGCACGCUUACAGGCGCAUACUAAGCUUGAUCCUAGGUAUGUUGAUCAUUUUCUUUUCAAUACUAAGAAACGGAAUCGUGAAGGUAAGCAGCCUUUUGUGGACUUUUCUGAUAUCCAUGAAGAAUUGUUGACUGGAUUUGAUCCAGAUCUUUUAGUUGAAGAAAAAGGCGAUCCAAUAGAAGGGAUCGUUAUAGACAUAGAGAAAGCUUACAAGACUAUUGGCAUUGUUAAGUCGCAGGAAUCCUCAAACUUCAUAGCAGUUUUUUCUACAGCACGGAAUAGGUGGGUAGCAUUUCGUGCGCUUUCGUUAGUUUUUGGUAACACGCAUUCAGUAGUAUGCUGGGUGAGAGUGGCUCAGUUGUUGAGUAAUAUUAUUCGUGGUCUCUUUCGCAUUCCAAAUAGCGUUUUCAUAGACGAUUUUCAUAGUUUUGUACAGAAUUCUUUGGGAAGUAAAGCAUCUAGCGCAAUGUGUAGAUUGUUUGAUUCUCUGGGUUGGGCAUAUAGGCCCGAGAAGGUUGAGGUGUCAAAUGAAUCUAUUACGUUGCUAGGUCUUGUUUUUCUACUACAGGGGCGGCCAGCAGUCGCCAUUCAUGAAAAUAGGAAAAUAGCAUAUAUAGAGGCAGUUGAAGAAGUGUUGAGGAAAGGUUCGCUGUCAUGUACAGAGGCAGCGUCCUUAUAUGGUAAGUUUAGUUUUGCUUUUUGUAGUAUGUGCGAUCGUAAGUUGCACCCUCUUUUGAGGCCAGUUCUUACGCGAAUGUUUCAGACGUCAGCGGAUUUUUCAUUAUCUAAAUGCCUGAAACUUAGCUUGAAUGCGUGUGCUGGUUUAUUGAGGACAGCACCACCUAGGAAGUUAUCCGCGUUGCCAGUCUCAUAUGUUCUAUACACGGACGCUAGUUGGAGGAGAGGUUCAGGAAUAAUUUGUGGUGUUUUGGUUGAUUUAAAACGCGUGUCGACGGAAUCCUUUGGGAGGGUUCGCAUGUGGAGGAUGCGCGUCAAGUCUGAUCAACUCCACGACUCAGUGGCGAAGUUCCCCAUCAAUUUUCUGGAAUCUCUUGCUCCUAUUGUAUCUAUUUUGUUAUGGUCGAGUUUUCUUGAAGAUAAAAGGGCUGAAGUUUUAGUAGACAAUUCGUCUGCGGAAGGUUCCUUGCACAGAAUGAAUAGUUCUACGGGUAACAUGGCGUUGGCCGCGUAUUUAUUUUGGCUUGAAUGUAGUAAAAGGAGCAUUUCUCCUGUUUUGGGGCGUGUGCCUUCGGAGGUCAAUAUAGCAGACCUACCGACGAAAGAGCCAUUGUUUCAGUUAUUUAAGGAGAAUUUUGAAUUUGAUGAAGAUCUAGUUGGUGGAUCAGUGCUUGAAGCAGUUGAGAAAAUGAUGAAAUUCGAUGUUGAGAAUGCUGAAAUUUUGCUUGCAGGUCCUAAAUGAAUGAAUGGAUUGAUCCUUUGGAAUUUUGAGAAUGUAAAGUGAUGAAUGAAAGAGGCGACUUGUUCUGAGUGUUAGAAUUGAAGAGGAAUUUGGAAUAGUGACGUAUUUGGUAAAGUAGACGGGAAAAGUCUUUUAAUUUGUCCCCAAAAAAAUUGUGGGUUUUAGCUUGUGAUCUUUAGUGGGUGAAAGUAGCGGCUCUCCUUGUGAGGUUGAAUAUUGUUCCAAAAUGGCGGUUGCUGCAGUACCGAAUGCCUUCCAGGUGCUCAUUGAUGAGCAAAUCCGCGACAAGGCGGACCCAGUGAAGGUAUGGACUUUUGUGGCAAGUGUUGACUCUAAGUUAGAAAAAUAGAGUUUUUCUUUGUGGAAAAGUAUAGACUUUGUUCUUUUUUUUUGACAUUAGUUCUGUUUCAUUUUGUUUCCUUUUUGAUUAUUUCAGGUGCGUGCGAUUAAGGAAGUUAUCCAGACGCAAUUUGGAGUCCUGGUUGGGAAUAUCUCUCAGAAGGAUCUCGGUGACAUCGAGUUGUUUUGCCAACUUGGGUCUUUGCACGAGCGCAAGUUUGGCCCUGCUGACAAGAUCAUGGAUUUGGUGUGCAAAGAUGCUGUCGCAGUUGUCCUGUUUGGUGGGUACUUACCUCCGAUUGAAGCUGACGAGGAGAAUGGUCAGCCCGCCCGUCCUGCUGGAGUCGAUUUGGGGCAAGUGAUGGCUGCUCAUCGUGUCGUUGCGGAUUUGUUGCAGGUAGUAAUUUUGUUUUUGGUAUAAAAGACGUCAGCGUGAGUAGAUGGAUGAGAAGAAAAGUUUACCUUGAUUCGCGAAAGGUGUCCCCUCUUAUAAUUCUUAUUUGUCUGUAAAAUUUUAGGUUUUCGCGGCUCCGAAUCUGGCCAAAGUCUCUGACGAUAUCAAGAAAAAGGCUUUGGAGGCGGUUUAUUCGAAGAACAUUCAGCGUUUAGCGGGGACAAAUAUGAUCGGGGGCCUCAACUAUUAUCAGCGGAUCACCACGUUCUUUCAGCUGGGUUUCCAGGAAGCUCUCGAGACAUACGUGGAGCGGUUCUCUUCUUUGGCUUUGGUUGAAAGAAGUACUGAAAUUCAAAUAGUUUGAAAUAUGGCAAGCAGAGCGUAGUGAAUAAGGUGGCAUCAAAGUAGGUAGAUAGAUGGACUUUGUGGCUUGUAGCUUCUUUCGAAUUGUGUGAUGUUCUCUGUCGUUACUAAAGGUUUUAGGUUUUAUAUAACGGAAUCUAAAAAUACAGCGCGAAAUCUGCUGCGAUGACGGCUCAAUUGGAGGCGCGAAUGAAGGAAUUGGACAAGAAGGAGUACCAGCGUGAGCGUCCGUCUCCGUACGGCUCGCCGGAGAAGAAAGGAGCUGGGAAAGGUCCGCGCUAUUGCUUCACUUGGUUGAAGCAAGGAAGAGGAAGUAGAGGUGUUAACUGUGGAAAAGAAGGUUGUAAGUUUCAGCAUGUUUUACCAGCUACUCGCGACUUGUGUGAAGAAUUGAAGAAGUUUUCGAAAGUUUUGUAUGACUGGGAUCUCGAUGUUGAAUUCGCAUCGGGCUCUUCCUCGGCAACUGAGUCUGCUACUGAAGAAGCUAAGAAAGAGUGAGUGUUGAAGCUAUCGUCUUGAUUUAGUUUUCGUUUCGAGAUCGAUUAACAUCUUUGUCGUUUCUGAAAAUUUAGGUCGAGUAGAAUGUGGAGUAUUCGCUUUUACGUUUCACACGAGUCGAGAGAAGAGAAUCGUGGUUAGUAGUUAAAAAUUUUUUAAAAAUAACGUUUAUGCUGCUUCUAGGAGUUUUCUUGGUUUCAGUCGUGGAAGUAGAUGUCUUCAGAGAGAAAUGUCCUUCCCUCUCACAAAUAAUCGUAGGAUUGAGAGAUGUGGGUGUUUCAAGUCCCUAGCACGAAUGUGUCCGCUGCGGCGGUAGUUAGUAACGAAGUGCGACGUAGUGAUUUAGAAUUAUCUUCUAGAAUUAUUCAUACUGAUAGUGCAUCGCUUGGAGGGGUUGUUAUACGACGGCCGCUAGAGGCAGCACUGUCGCUAGGUUCAUCUACUUCGAUUGUUGGAAAAGAUAAAGUUGUUCAAAAUGGAUCGUCUUCUGUUAAAUCUAGUAGUUUUCCAUCAACUAGUUCAUCGUCAUCUUCUUCAGCACGUGCGAAUGUUAUUAGGGUUGUUGGUGGAUUAUUCCACAGUGUGCAUGAUAGGUUGACUUUGCAACAAUUUGGAUCUACUCAGAUAACGCCUGCUGAGGUGAUGCAGGCGCAGAAUAACGAAGUUUUAUUUGAUCGCUUGAAGAAAUUUAUUGAGUCACUGAAGAAAAGCGCAGUUCUAGAUACUUCGCUCUCGGUUCAGAACAAAAUUCAGCUGAUGGCCAGCUAUGGACCCGCGAAGGCGCGCAAUAUUCUAGCAGCUAACACCGCUAGAGUAAAAGGCGAAGCGCUUAAAACAUGGGAUUCCUAUCUUAGUUUCUUCAAGUCUUAUCUAAAUUUGUGUUCAUCAAGAGGAGAAAAAGCUUUUCCCUACACCACGUGUAAGAUUGAAGAUUUUUUGAGUCUCUAUAAUCGAGCUUCAACUAUGAACGCAGCUAGAUCGGCCCUGCGCAAGAUCGCUGCUAUUCUUCAUGUUAAGUAUCCGGAUGAGGUGCAAUCUUCGACUAUAUCUAGAGGAAUCAAACGGCAUCAGCCGGUUAGUAAUGCGAAAGAUGCAAUCUCAGCGGAAUUCCUUAACAAAAUCCUUGGAAUGAAGAAGUUUCCGGUAGAAUACAAACACAUCUUCGUCAUGUGCUGGGUUUUUCUUCUUAGGUGUGGAGACGAAGGAAUUCCAUUAUGCAAGAUCCAGGACGAUGUGCAGAAGAACUUGAAAAAGAAGCUGUUGGAUCACUCAGCAGUGUGGUUAAAUGAGAAAGAGCGUACUGUUUCUAUCCGUUUGCGCAGUCGUAAAAAUAAGUUAGAAGGUGAUGUGGUUACAAGAAGUUGCACUUGUUUGACGUUUAAAAAUAGGCUUACUGACAAGACCUUUGAUCGUCCGCUGGACAAAGAUUAUGACAACGCCGUGUGGGCUCGCGAUUUCUGCCCCGUCUGUGUCCUGUGGGACCGCUUCUUCAGCCGAAAACCUCCUGGCGCUUCGCUUUUUCCGCGCACUUCGUAUGCGAAAGCCUUAUGGGCUAUUCAGUAUUCGGCUCGUAGGUUUUCCGAACCGGGCUCGUUUGGGACACAUUCGCUCCGGCGUGGCGGAGCUAGUGCUAUCGCGUCUUCAGGUGGAACGCUGUCUGACAUUUUGUGUGCUGGAAGCUGGAGUUCGAAUAGCGACGCGUGGCGUCGUUAUGUCUCGUUGAAGAAGUUAGAGACCACAGGAAUGGAUCUUGUAGCGAAGAACCAAGUUGAUGUGGAUAACGAAAUUGAAGUGAUUAGUAAUGGCGAAUCUGAUCAAUUGUCGGAAUGUGAAUUAGAUGAAGAUUGCUUUGCUGAUGAUGAAAUUGAGCUAGUUGGUGUUUAGAACUGUUUUUCUCUUGUAUCUUGUGUUGGUGCCCUCUUAAACUUCUAUCUUUGAUAAUUGUAAAAAGAAAUGAUGGAUCUCGUAUCUUCAUAUGAUGAGAGGGUUAUAUCCGGCCCUGUAUUUCAGUCACUCUUUGUUUUCUUCGUUGUUCUCUUUGUAAUUCAAAUCAGUAAGUUCAUGAAAAUGAUUGGCGAUAUGGUGAUGGUGCAUGCCAGGGAGCUUACAGCUCGGCAGAAUUCGAUUGAUGACGCGAUCGCGGAUAUCCGUCUUUUCAUGGAGGAGUUUCUUCCUCCUAAUGAUCAACGUCCUGAACAUUGGAGAACUUAAAUUUUUUUCGCUGAACUUGUGUAAUAUUCAAUGCUUGUUGUGUAAGUGGUUUUGUGCAUAAAUAUUAUUCCAGUUGUUGACAUCUGAGCUUUUAUUUUGUUUUCUUGUUAUUAUGCGCAUGUAAUUGAGAUUAUUUAUGAAUGUCACGAUCGAAGGGACCAGCCACCUAGGUCUGAGCAGCGUCCCACCUUUGUUUUGUGCCGGUGUUCUGCCUUUGCGGGGCGCGAUUGCACGUUCUGCGAACGGGACGACUUGUCAGUCGUCGGGAUGCCGGUGCCGAUCACGGCAACAGGAUCGUGUCUUUCAUUUAUAAUCUCCCCACUUAGUUCGAACCUUAGACAUGAAAGGUUUUGGCACUAGGAGUUGGAUUUGCUUUGUGAAGAUUCAAGUAAUAUUGUAAGGGAUAUGAUUAUGAGUUGGAGGUGGUGGCCACUCUUUCGGUGAAAAGGAUUGUAAGUAGCUUUGUUUGGUGAAAGUAGUUUAUCUUUAUUAGAGCACUUCCUAAGAUGGAUGAUGGCUGGCAUGGAUUGCAAUGCAUUGCAUGGAUGGCAUGGCCAGGCGGAGCGAAGGCGUGACCUUUUUAAAGGGGAAGCGCCCACUUCUCUGCUUGAACGCAGCGCCCCGCCUGACAAGGCCACGGGAGGGCCGUUGCCUUGCUUAUCUCGUUUUGCAUUGCCCGCCCGCGGAUAGGGGGGCCGUUUCUCGUAGGGGUGAGGCCGCGCGUGGGCUCCCUUUCGGUUCGAGCUGGCUGCAGGGAGGACGCAGAGCGCCUAACGCCUGGCCGCGUUGGAGAUGCCAGCGAACUAGCCUAGAUAUUCGCAGCUAGAUAGAAGCCGGGCCCCUAAGUAAGUGCGUAGUGGUUGAUGGGCGUAAGUGCCUAGGGCGUUAGGUUAUGGAGCCCCCCACUGCCCCCCGGGAUGGCAUUGCCAUGCUUGCGACCAGUGUGCUUGCAGUAUAUUGAUGCUUAUACUUUUUCGCUAUGGGCCCGCAUUAGAAGCAACAGGAAUGCAGUGGCGUCUGACUUUCAGUCUAGCCUUGGACUGCACGCGGCAAGUGCGCUAGUUUUCUUGCGUGCACAGGCUACGGCGCGUCUCUAUGGUCCCCUGCGUUGCCGGCGUUGGGGAGGUGGUCUCUGGGGGGGGGUGUUCUGACUGUAGCCUGCGUAUGCUGCGCCCGGAUGCGAAUGCUUCGAAGUUGCUUGUGCCCAAGCUGCUGGAAGGUGAAACUUGACUACAGUGAGUGCGGACGAUGGCGCCCUCGGGCGCCCCGAAAGAAAAAUCUUAGUUCUAAAUAGUGCCAUCCAUUGCCAUGCAUGCAAUCCAUCCCAUGCAUUUCAGAGAUCCGGAAAGCGCGAAACUCUCUACUUUAUGUUUAACAUGUGAUACUAGUCCAGUUUCUACAUUUGUUUUUAUGUUCAUCAAAGAUUAUUCUAUAUCAGGAAGAUCCAUGGAGCACUUUUUCUACAUACGUUUUUGCUUAUCAUCAUCACUGACAUUUUUGCCUGCAGCAUUUGAAUCAUCAACGUUUUUUCAUCAGUCACAGUCAGCCUUCUAAACCCAGUGCCAGUGGAUCUUUCAACGCAUCGUCUCACCAUCUUCGGAAAGCGUCUCGUCUUGAUGAUCGUCUUGAAGACAAUGGAAAGAACUCGUCGCAUACACCUGUUGGCUUGUCAGUGGCGAGAUCGUCUGAUGUUGGUCUUGCAGCAGACAAAUCGGCACCCCUUUUCAGUCGGAACUCUGGCCUUCGCAACGGCAGUGCCAAAAGGAGGUAUCACGUAAGUACUGGGUAACUAAGUUAGCAUGGGGGAUACGGAUUCGGAGUAGGGUUCUUCUGGAUUCGGUCUAGAUUUGCCACAAUAAAUUUAUCAUGACUUGUGUUCCUAGAACGUUUCGUCGGCGGAAAAACUUCAGUAGUGUCUACUAGGCGAAUAAUGGCGACAGCGCGACGCAUCUACGCGCCCGCUGGAGUCAGGCCACUGCCUUCCACUUUGCUCGCGCUGUCCAACCGGGCUGAGGGUGUGCGCAAUCGCUAGAACUACAACGCGGGCGCCCCGCGGUAGGGUUGACUUUUGGGGGGUGCUGCCCAUCCCCCAACUCAACGAACCUCCGCCGGCCUCGAUUGACACGCGCCGGGCCGCGUCUGUAGCGGCGCCCUUGUGCUGGACCGGUGCGCCGGCUCCCGUGCUGCCCCUGGCGCGGCGGUUCCAUUGUGUGGCGGCGGCGGGUGCGUAGACGGUGUCACGCGGCGUGGCGCACGCGCCUGGUCAUGGUAUGGGCCGGACGGGGUGGCCGUGCAGUGCUCCUUCGCGCCGGGGUGGAUACGUGGAUGCGCCGUGAGGCACGCAGACAGCCACAGGGUGCUGCCCCGCACCCCAGGCCUUGGGGUCGAUUUGCCUAAGCCGUGACCAGCAGGGGAGCGGCAAGUCUCAGGAAAAUCUCAGUUCUGAGACUGAAAAAAGUCUGGCGUUCGAGCUCGAACGCCAGGAUUUGAGAACCUUCGACGACGACCAUGGCCAAUUUCUGGGACUGUUCAAAAGUCUGGCGUUCGAGUGGAACCCCAGAGGUUUUUCCUGUCCAAACACUGACGCAGCAGGGGCCACUCGUUCGGUCUGUGGACAGGAAAACACCCUGGCGUUCGACUCGAACGCCAGACUUUUGCCUCCUCUCAGAAAUCUAAGGAGCCUGGCAUCGGGGGUUUUGAAGUCCUGGCGUUCGAGCUCGAACGCCAGACUUUUUGCAGGCGCGGGACUGAGAAUUCAACUGUCGGAGUUGAGGGGGUGCCUCCCUCGGGCUUGGAAGUUGGUGGCGCAGGCUCUGUUCUGUGUUUGUGCGGGAUGCAAUGGGCGGCCCAUUGUUGGGCUCAAGCUAGCUCUUCCAAGGUCGCUUUGCGUAGCAGUCGGCCUCUCAUUGUCGUCCAGGGUUGGGGAGCUGAAUUUCUUUGCGGCGUAGCGCGCUUGUUUCUGCUUGCUCGGGGAAUGGGAGUAGCUGCUGGAGGGGUACGCGCCGUCCUGACUGCUGGUCGUGUGCACUGGGGUUCGGGGAUUAUGCUAAGGGCCACAUGCUGGGGGGACUCUUUAUCGUGUGGCGCGCUGACGCUCACCGGGGCGGGACGUCGGCAUCUUGGUCCCUCUGCAGCCUUGGCGUCUUGUUAGGGUGUGCAGCGCCGUCCAUGGGGUCCCUGCCAUGCCCCUUCGGACCUUGUUGGUCUGGUUUCGGCUGGACGGUUCUAGUUUCCGAUGUUUGAAGGUAAAAACUCCCCGGUUGAUAUGACUGAAGUUUUUCCGCCGAAAUUAGGUGCUACUCCCCGAGUCAUGAAAUUUAUAUUUGGAUGAUUCGGUCUAGGGUUGCCAUAAUAGAUUUUGAUUUUUCUUUGGAUCUAGUUCUAGGUAGAUGUUGUGCCAUAGACUCGGGUCAUCUAGACGCUCUGCCAUGUAGUACUUGGAUCAUCUAGACGUUGCGCCAUAUACUUGGAUCAUCUAGACGUUGCGCCAUAAACUUGAAUCAUCUAGUCGCUCUGCCAUAUACUUGCCGGGUCAACUAGUACUAAAAAUAUUUAUGGAUCUACAGAUCGACUUUGAGUAGCCCAAUUUCAGGGUGGGGUGGGCGGCUCUACAGAUCGACUUUGAGUACCCCAAUUUUUGGGUUGGGCUAAAUUUGAAGAAAUGCGAUCGCGGUGAGUGGCUCUUUUUUCCUACCUCAAGUGAUGGGCGGAGCCGUACUAGCCUCUUUUCCUAUUUGGUUGGGCUUGCUUUGACUGGCGACUGCGGUGAGCGGCUCUACAGACACAUUUUUCCUAGCGGCUCUGCAUACCCUUUUGUCCUAGCCCAAGUGUAGGACGGAGCUACAGCCCCUUUUCCAAUUUUGUCGUAUUUGCUUUGAAUGAACUCAACUUUGCGGUGGCGAGCUCUACAGGCCAGCUUUGCAUUACCCGAUCACGGGACGAGGCUAUCGCCUUGUUUGCUCGCUUGAAUUUAGCUGAUCAUAUUUAUAGUGUUGAUUUUCAGAAAAUACAAGUAGCAUUGUGCGUGUCUACUGCGACAUUAUAACUAGCAGCCACAAGGAGCUUCGCCCGGCUCCAAGUUUACCACUUUUUCGCCCACGGGCUACAGCUAGAGACAGCCCGCGGGCUGGGUAGUGAGCCUCGACGGAUUGACUGUGGCGAGACUGCUGGCACUCGCGAGCUUAGCUACGUCGACCCAUGGGAAGGCGGGCGGGCUGCUUUUGGACUACUGGGGGGCCACGCAAAUUCUUCAGAAUUUGCAAGACUCUCACGGCAGUCCAAGCAAAAAAACCGGAAGAGAACCACCGCACACGCAUAUUAAGGACCCGCAGGGCCCAACGCUUAUAGCCCGCCCACGGUGGUAGGCAAGAGUGAGGGCAGGGGGACCCGGACGGGCCAAGAAAAAGCAACGGAUGGCCGCGCCUGCUGGGUCUCUCUACUUGCAACCGCUGAGCCUCUCUUCUUCGUCUUUCGUCGGUCAGAGAAGAGCCGCCUGCUGGAUGGAUGUCAGCCUUUCGGAAGACCGACGGCUUUCGUCAGGCUGGCGCUCUUCGUCUGACUGUCUAUGGUCUUUCUGCUAUCGACAGGCCGACGCCUUUCGUCAGGCUGACGGCUUUCGCUUGUCAGGCCCGUGGCGUUUCGUGUCGUCGGUCGUCAGAUGUCUCUCGUCCGACUUCUAUCUCUAACUUGCGUCCUUACCCCUGUCGGGAGUUUUUCCGGCUUCUUUUUUGUAAGUAUGCCCGGGGACCUUCUCGUAACUUUCCGCAAGAAAGCGGUCGGAGACUAUCGGGACUGUGGCUGGAGGGCGGGAAGCCGCUCCUGGAGACUAUAGGCAAGGACCUCGAGGGAGGUGCGGACGACUCUCCCGCGGGGUAGGUGGGGAGUUUUGUGGCGGUGAUUUUUUCUAGGUUAAUAAUUAUUUUUUUGCAAUGUUUGAGCCCGACUAUCCUCUCUUGUUCUAGGCGCCGUGGCGACGGACAGAGUGUAACGCGGAGCACCAAAUCCAGUGAAAUGAAAGAGCGACUAGCUACUUGUGCCAGAUCGCGUCCACCUCCUCCAGAGUUAGAGCGGUACUAAGAAGACUAAGUACAACUUUUACUUGCCUUUAUUUUCAUAAGAUCUUAGUCUUAUCCCUUCUUUCAUAAUACUACACUACUGCUUCUACUUCUAUCUACUAAUAUCGUUGCUCCUCUUAUUGCUUGAGUAUGAGUAUUAAUGUUGCUGUAGUUCCGUUUGUCAAGCGUUAGUAACUUCCCAGGUAGGACUAGGAGUGGGACAACUUGGCAUCACGUGCUCUCCAAUCUUUUGAAAUUGUACGACUGCACUGCUAUUUGUUUCGCAAAGCAAGAUCAAUUCUAAUCUUGUUCUUGUUCGUACUACACUAAGAAUAUGUACAAGGUCGAGCACGAAGAUGCUUGAGCUGUACUCUCCCUGAAAAUGUUCUUCCUCUCUUAUCUUGCAGAAGCGGAAGCUGUGCCAAGAGCGGAAGCUUUGCGUGAAAGGCUCAACACUUGCGCUUUCUUAGCAGCGUUCACGAGGAGGAUGAAUUGUUGCGGAGAAACCGGUAAGAAGGGAGGUGGGUUCCUGUAGUCGACCAAGACACCAACCUCAUCACUACAUAUAUGCUGUUGGGCAAAAAGUAGAGUUGUGGUGUACGUAGGCGUACAACAACAAGCACAAGAUCCAUAGUAAGUUGUGAACUAGUACUAGUUCAUGAAGAAGUAGAAGAGUCAGCAGCCUUUAUUCACGUUUUUUGUGCUUCAAGUACCUACAAGAAGAGCAGCCUUUUUUUGAUUUUUCAAAGUGGAGGACAAAGAGGAUUUCCAUUUUCGUUUCAUUUAGAUACUUCGCCGUCGCCCUUCCCCUUCGGAAAUGGAAAGCGCUGCCUCUCUUCAGCAAGUGCAAGAAGUGAACGGAAAGAGCCAUGAAUUAUGCCGACAUAGGUGCACACUGUUGUAGAUCAAGUUCAAGCACCGAGUCCUCCUCCUCUGCUUCAAAGCUUAUACGACGUCCAUGGCGGUCAGGAUAAAUUCCUGUUCUUCUUGGGACAAUAUUUUUAUAACAGUGCCUCCUAGUUCAUCAAGUAGCUAGUUGUUUGUUCUUGUUUCUACUUCAUACUAUGAUCAAGGCAUGAACAUGAACAAGAACAAUAUCCUCAACAGCAAGAUCCUGAAGAACCUACACCAGAGAGCCAAAAGAACAGAGAGGAUCGUCAAAAACCUAGAUACAUAGAUCCAAAAGAUCCUAGACUAUAUGACUCAUAUACAGAGGAGAAGUAAUAUUGUUGUAACUAGUAUGAAGAUCCUAUUGAUUAUAACACGAGAAAGCGAAGGUCUCCAUGUCUAGGGGAGUGCGUCACGAUCUUGAUGUAGUUGCUCAUAGUUGUUGACACUUUAUGUUGAUGCUUAGUUCAUCUUCCCGUCAUCCCUCCACUUCCAAUGUUUUUGCCUCAACGAUUCCCGCCCAAGAGCGUCUACUUCUGCUAGGUAGAAGAAUAAAGGUGACUUCUAUCGUUAAUAUAUGGUAUAAAUCCAAGUUAUCGCUAUGAUUACUUAUUUGAAUUCGAAAUACUACAUUUAGACUUACACUCAUCUUCUUUUUUUGGCACCACAUCAUCAACAUCACCCCGCUCGUUUUACUUGUGUGAUUCGUACGCUACCCUACACUAGAUCUAGAACUAGAAGCUCCCUUGUUCAGAAAUCUACAAGACCAGCCCACGCCAACGUCAGACGUACGAAAAGAGUACUACGGUGCAAUAUUGCAUCUACGUCCAUUGAUGUUUUAUUAAGGAGUUAAUUAUAGAUCACCCAUACAUUAUUUUUUUCGGACCUUUUUCUUUUCCUGCACCUACGAAGAUAGCAGUUGUUUGAACAUUGAGUGUCGACGUGAAAACCGAUGCCGCCAAAAGCGUUGCGAGAAAGUAUCGGCGUCAUCAUGAUGGUAAGUCCCUUCCUCUCGCAGAAGUGCUUACCAGCAAGUGCUACAAGAAAUACGUGACACAGCCUUGCGCAGCGAAUUACAUUCAAAGAACCACAAAGGCAGGAGCGCCGCCAACUGACAAACAUGUAGAGGUAGAUACAACAUAUACUCGUA